GCUGAAGUCAACUCAAGAGUUGUAGGCCUCCGCCACCCUGCCAGUCUUUACACCAUGUUCACCCUCGCCCGUCAUUUCCGGUCCACUCUCCUUUGCGUUACUCUGGCCUCUGCUCUUGUCUUCGCCGACGGUUCGCACAAACACCGCGGGCUCAACCAUGCUCACCGUGAUCUCGCCGUCAACCUCUCCGAGCGCGAUGGCCACGUCCAGAAGCGCUUCGACAACACGCGCUUCACCUACUUCCCGGUCGGGGUGAAUGCUUGCGGCUCGUUCGAUCAUGACAGCGACUUCAUCGUCGCGUUGAACACCCAUCAAUGGGAUGGGGGCUCGCACUGCUAUGAGGAGAUCACCAUCACCUAUCAAGGCAAGUCCGCCAAAGCCAAGAUCACCGACGAGUGCGAGGAGUGCCCGUGGGCGGCGAUUGACCUCUCCCCCGGCCUCUUCCAGUACCUCGUUCCAGGAGGGCUCCCCGUCGGUGAAGUGUACGGGGAGUGGGUCUUCGGCGCCGGCGACGCGCCCGCUCCCCCUCCCCCCACCCACACUACCUCCAAGGCCCCGCCGCCUCCUCCUCCCACCACCACGCACACCACGCACAAGACCACGUCCACCACGUCCACCACACAUACCACGUCUACGCACCACACCACUACGUCGCAUUCGACGACGAGCACAACGAGCACGACGCACACGACGCCGAGCUCCACCUCGACCAGCUCGACCAGAACGUCUUCGGCCCCUACUGCGACCGUCACUUCGUGGGACACCGGCAACUUGAACCAGUUCAACUUGGCGCUCAUCCAGCUUGUCGACCUGAGCAAUGCUAUCAUGGCGUUGCCUGGUGACGUGUAGUGAACGCUCUCACAAGAGCGCCAUGAUUGAGUCGACGGAAUUCGCCACGGAACCUGGUUUGUUCCUUCCGUCCUCGUUGGUGUAUUUCCAGACGCUACCGCUGUUGCAAGUGCGGUUUGAUUCUUGUCGAGCUCUGGUCAGGCAUGUAUACGCUUCGGCCGGAGAAAUACACUUGUUACAUCCAUGUUAUUGUCUCCAUCACAUGUUCAUCGGGUGUACCGCGUUCCAGGAUUGUGUCAAAAGUCAACAUUCAGAAAAUAUAGACGGG